CGUGUCGUAUCGUAUCGGUUUCGGAAAUAAAAGCUCUCGCUCGCCGAUCUUCUCUAAGCUCCCUCGCCGCCUCCGAUCCCGGUGUCCUCUCACUCGCUCUCUCUCAUGCCAUGAAAAGAAAAAAUCGCCAUGGGAGCUAACCGUCGGCCAUUUAGAUUUCUUGCGACGUCGCGGGUUCCCCUCCGCCUCGCCACAGGGAUCGCCGUGGCCGGCCUGGCCUGGCAAACAAGCCCUAAACCCCUCUCCGCCGAUCCUUCGCUCUCUUCCUCCGGCGAGAAGAUCAAAUCUGCCUUCGAUGGCGUCGUCCGAUCCUCCCGCGCGAUCUAUACCAUCACUUUUAUUAUUGUUGAUUACAAGUAUUAUCUACGGAGUUUGCCGCCGAAUUCAAGCGAGUAUCGGAUCAAGCUGUCAGAGGUUCAUCUUCGCUCAGCCAGAAGAUUGCUCAGAUUGUGUGAAGCCAAUAAAGGAUUUUAUGUCAAAGCUGGUCAAUUUGUUUCAUCUUUGAGACAAGUACCAAAGGAAUACUCUUCGGCCCUUUCAUCGUUGCAAGAUCAGGCAAUCCCAUGUCACUUCAAAGAUAUUAAAGAAGUAAUAACCAAAAAUUUGGGCAAGGAUUUAUCAGAAGUAUUUCUAGCUUUUGAUGAACAACCAAUGGCUGCUGCAUCAAUUGCUCAGGUACAUCGUGGAGUGUUAAAGGAUAACAAAGAAGUAGCAAUCAAGGUACAAUACCCUGGCUUAGAGCAGCGGAUGAAGAUAGAUAUUACCACCAUGGAUAUCCUCUCGAAGUUGGUCUCCUGGAUUUUUCCCGAUUACAGGUUUGAGCGGGUGGUAUCAGAAUUUGAGAGGGCUACAUCUUUGGAACUUGAUUUCAUUCAAGAGGCAAACAAUUCUGAGAGAACGGCCAGAAAUUUCAAAAAGAAUAACAUCAUCAAAAUUCCUCAUGUUUACUGGGAUCUGACAACACGCCAUGUUUUGACAAUGCAAUUUUGCAGUGGACACAAGGUUGAUGACUUGGACUUUCUGAAGGACUCGGGCAUAAAUCCAAAGAAGGUUGCCAAAGCAUUGAUGGAGGUAUUUGCUGAAAUGAUAUUUGUUCACGGUUUUCUGCAUGGAGAUCCCCACCCUGGAAAUAUAUUGGUUUCUCCAGAAGGUCAUCAUAGAUUCUCACUAGUUCUUUUGGAUCAUGGAAUCUAUAGAGAGCUGGAUGAAAGGUUCAGAUUGGACUAUUGUCAGCUGUGGAAGGCUCUAAUUUUAUUGGAUUCACAGAAAAUACAACAUCUAGGUGAACGGUUUGGCGUUGGCAAAUACUCAAAAUACUUCCCUGUUAUUUUCACUGGGAGGACCAUAGAUAGCAAAUCAGCUCUUGGGGGACAAAUGUCAAAUGAAGAGAAGAAACGUCUGAAACAAGAACUGCGCUCCCUGAGGAUGGAAGACAUUUCAUCAUUCCUAGAAUCAUUGCCAGAUGACUUUCUAUCCAUAUUACGAACAGACGGAUUGUUGAGGUCCAUAAUCAGCAAGCUGGGUGCACCACGACGUGUGCGUCUUCUUGCAUAUGCUAGGUAUGCUGCAUAUGGCCUAGGAUCACAGUCCAGCAUCAACUCUGGUUCAAGAGUUACGUAUGCACUCUCCCAAAUUAGAACAAAUGUGAGUUAUAUUCAGUUCAGAAUACUUAUUGAAAUAUUGGCAUUGCUUUCUCAAAUUGAAGAUAUGAGGUAUUCGCUUGUGAGCAGCUUGAGGAGGAUGCUGCAUGGAGUCGUCUAUUUCCUUUCCGGGACUUUAUUUUUCUUGCAUUCAUAAAGUACAGAGAUAGUGGUAAUGCUCUAGAGAACAUCCAAUGGUGUCUCAGGCAGGAAGAGAUGUAGUAUGAUAUCUGAAGUAAAAAUUGCAAAUAAAUAUCAGCUGUGCACUGGAGGAGGCCCGCUUGCAAGCAUGUAAGCCGGAUCCAAGCUAAUUUCUGCCAGGGAGGAAAAACUGGUGGUGCAUACUAUUUUUUAAGUGCCAGUGGUCGAUUGCCUCAUCAAUUUAUCUCUUAUUGACAUGGAAGAACUAUUAUGUGAUGAUGUCAUAUCUUGUACAAUAACCAUUCGAGUCGACAAGGAUUGGUAUAAGAAAACGCUUUUUCAUUCCAGGAAUCCAUUUUAUAAUUAUCAUUCGACAAUCAUGGGUGUACAACAUGGUCUCAUUUAUGGAAAAUCUUUUCGGUACUCA